ACUAUAAAUUGAGAAGGGGAAAAGAUACUCUCCAUUCCGCCAAGCUGCUACUACUACGUUUACAACAAGUGGUUUAGUUCGGUCGUGGUGCGAGAUUCGCUUGCCCGAACCAGUCCGUCAGCUGCCGAUCUCAGGAGUGCAGUUCCAGGUGGCCACUCAUCUAUCUACAACAGCUUACCCACCAGGCUGUUGGGCUGGAUCCCUCGCCAAGUUGAUCGUAGGGCCGACUCUUCAGUAGCUCGACUUUGUACAUACCGAAUAUAGGAACGUCCGAUGUGAUGGUGAAAUGAGGGGAAGCUUAUGCCAUUGAGUGAAUCAUCACAUUCAAAUCUCAAACAUCCAAGACUAAGCUUACUCCAUGCACACAUAACACAUGGAAUGUCCCCUGUUGGAGUGCACGGAAAUGGGUCAAUUUACCUCCAUUCCAACAACCGACCCGUGCAAGCUCUGAGCAUGAUACACCGCAAAAGCAAUGAAAUCACCCCGACCACGAUCCCACUAAGCUCCGGAUUGGAAUGUGGAAUGGUUCUCCCCAGAACAAAACUUCCUAGAUCCUUCGAUCGAAGCCGGCUAAGACCUGUCGAUUUUCUUAGAAGAAUCAUCCAACAAGCACCAAAGGUGGCUCCUGCCCGAGUCAUUGCGGUGGGAAUCGAAAGAAGAUCUUUGUCCUUCUGGGUUGCUUCUCGACUUAAUGGACCUCCGGUUGUGGACGGCGAACCAUGGUUCUGGCGAAUGGAAGUCUGGGGCCAGCUGGCCGUUGUGCUUUUUUUAACUUGCCCAAAGAAUGGAACAGCGCCAGCUAGAUUGUCCUGCUGUUUGCCGUUUUGGGAUUGCCCUCGGUUCCGGCACUGGAUGAGUCAGCACAUUCACUCGCGGUCCGGGUCCGGUCACCUGAUCGGAGUUGAAUUGCGCACGUGAUCACAUCAGAGCCUGCGGUCCGUUGAGCAGCUCCGGAGCUACGGUCGUCAUCACGACCCAGGCCUCUUGUUAUCAACACUACUACCCUUUUU